AUGUUACUACGUUUUUAUGAUGAGACUGUGCUGGUUGGAGAUAGUACAGGGGUGAAGAUGACGUAUGACGUCAUUGAGCAUGGUGAUCCAGUAGUAGUGGAAUGUACAGCUGUAUCUCAUGGAGGAACCCAGUAUCUUGCCAUCACAUCAUCAGGUGACCCUGCAACAUUCACCACCGAUGUUGGAAUGGUUCGAUUGAUCCCUCUAAUCAAUUUAGUAUACAAGACGAGAAUGGAGGCAUACCUCGUUCUAGAUGAGCCUGCCGACACUGAUGUGGCUUUCACUUGCAAUGUAGUUUCGGCUGCCUCAACAACAGCGGCUCGGGGUAUUGCUAACAAUCCUGUGUGCAAUCCGAUUGUAUUUGAAAGACCUACGAGGGAUUUCUCUGAUAUUUCUCCACCUUCUAAUGGUACCAACGACACUUCGACUGAGGCAUCGACCACUGUAGAGCAGACCACAUUCAGUGCUACUGGAAUGACACUCCGUUCAACCACAGCACAACCAUUUCCGUUCAAUGGCAGUACAUCCUGGUACUUGCCAGUCAGUGAGUUUGAAUUCAAACCAGGUGAUAUCUACCAGACUAUUGAAGUACUUCAUCACAGCCCACUGAGUUUUGCCACUCAAGAGUUAGUUGUAUUAACAUGUUGUGCACCGUAUCAGAACAAUGCUAAUCCAAAAUAUAUCAACGACUCAACUGCAUUGCUAAUGGUGGUAGAUCUCACUGAAGAUAUGUCUAUAAAUUGGACUCUAUCAUCAACUGACCCAACCUUAGAAACUGAAAUCCCGAACACAGCUUACGUGGAACUAGCUCCUUGUGCUUGUGACAUGACAGCUGGUCAUUGUGAUACUGGAUGUUGUUGUGAUGUGGAUUGCACUGACUCAGAGUUAGAAACCUUCUCUGCUUGUAUUCCUGGCCUUCCUGGUGGACAAGACGAAGAGCGAUAUCAAUACACCUGUGAAAACGUCAAUGUCUAUACAUCAGACUGGCAUCCUUUACUUUGUAUUGAAAUUACAAGUACUCCGUACCUGGGUUUGUACUAUGAUACUAAGCUGGGUGUACGUGAUAUUGGAUCUUAUCGAGAUACUCUAGCAGACUCUGACCAUGAUGGUUACAGUUACGCCGAUCCUGGUAGGCGUUACGGACAGGAAGUACACCCGGACUUAGCAACAGAAGGGUAUAAACAAGGAAUUGCUGUUAAAACAAGGUAUCCUAUGACUAGCAAUGAGGGUUUCUUGUCUCUACCGAUGCCUAGUUCUAACACCCAUGAUUGUACUUGGAUGUCCCCGAUACGGUAUUUGGUUGACGCUAAUUCAUCAUGUGUACAGCUGCCUUUACAGUCGCUCUGCACCUCAAGUUCAAUGUUAAGCGCACAGAUGUAUGUGAUAUCAACCAAUGUAGAUCAGCCACCAUGUCCUACAGUAACCAAAGUCAUUAGUGAACAUGGAACAACUGAUGCUGCUCCAGUGACAACUAAAUAUUACUGUACCGAUGAUGUUACGGCAUUCCAACAAUCAGACUUGACAACAAGAGAGAUUUUUCCGAGAUUUGAGCCUUCGUUCUUCCCAGAUAACAACACUGACAGCAGUCGGAUUGAUUUAUCUCAAUUAUCCCGUUGCCCCUGGGAUGAUGGAUACACUUACCCACCAGCUCCGGAAUAUGACUUUGAUUCGUUCAUCUGCAGCUAUGCUGUACUUAGUGCUCAAUACAACAUUAGAUGGAAGGGCACCGCAAUCGUUCUUUUGGAAGCAACUUAUAUUCUUGGAAACAUAACUCUGGAUCUUGACCCGGAAAUAGAGCCAGAAGAAAGUCCAGAAUACGUACCUGCUCCUCCAGAUCUUAUUCCCACACCAACCGCUUCACUCACGACUAGAGAUGUUGAUUUGAAUGUGACAACACCAGAUAUCACAACAGAUAGUGCUACAACCAGUCCUCCACUCCCGCCUUCAACAGUUCCACCAACCACGCAACAGGCCACUACUGAAUCAGCAAAUGCAACCGAAACCCCUAUCACCGCACCCCCGACUACUAAGGUACCAGACGUGACAACUUCUGGCUUUCCAUCGUUCACUCAGUUCUUCUCUGUCUAUUAUACAUACCAGAACGAGCUUCAAGAUGAAAAUGAAGACGGGGUUCUCGAACAGGCUGAAAUUACUGAGAGAUCUGGAAAUCCAGGCUAUAUACUUGGGAAAUUGGUUCUGACAGGGAGAGGUAUUUAUGAGCAGCCAUCGAUAGUGGAAAACAUCACGUAUCCCGUAGAAUUCAACUGUACCGGUAAUUCUACUAUUGAUCCACCUGAAUGCAAUGAGACGAUCGCUACAACUAUGAGUCCUAUAGGAACUGAGACACCUGAGGGAGGUUACAUUAUCACUAACACAUCAGAUCAAUACAGACUCAAACUGUGGAAUCCAGGUGCUGGCAGCUUAUGUGAUGAGUCAGACUAUAUGGACGUGUAUUUUGGUCAGGACGUUGCCAGUGGCUGUCUCAUACGACUGGGAUGGACACAGUUUCAGAACUGUUCAGAACUCAGGUACUUGAUGGAACAACAACUGCAGCAGUUAUUUCCAGGAGAUAAUAUCGGUAAAAGAGGCAAUGCUGAUGUUAACGUGGAAGAUGAAUGGGCUACGAUAUUUAAUCCAGUAGAUAACCCCUACGUGCCUGUAGAACCUUCUACAGAUGUACCCACUGCAGAACCCACUAGCACUCUACCUCCUGGGAAAGAUAUCUAUUACCCAGAACCGAUAUCCAACACUGAUGAGAUUAUUGGUACAUGUUAUGACAUUCCUACUGGUAUUAAUAUUGAAAUCCUGACGGCCGUAGCGGGACAGUUUCGUGGGAUGCAGCAAUUGGAGAUAGUAUCUGCCCGAGUGAACUACACCAGAUCAACAAUGAGGCUCAACUGUAUUGGUCCAAAUGGAGUCAGUUGCUAUGGUGAAUAUGCUUCAUCCUAUAACUUCACUGAUGAGGAACCCGUUCAAGCGUUCCUCGUUUCAAGUACAGUUACGUUCAUUUCAGUUCCAGCUGUAGAACCUGAAGCUCCAGCAUCGUACUAUGUAAAUGACACCAAUGUUUGCAAAUAUGAUACGUGUGCGUGGGAAGCCUUUUAUCCAAUGACGGUGCACAACAAGGGUGGCUACUACCAACAAAACUUGGCGUAUGGAUUGUUUCUCAUCUUGCUCAUACUUGUGUGUUUUUAUAUCAGCAAACCAUGGUGGUAGCGUUCUCAUGGUGAUAUGUAAAGAAAAAAACUUUCCAGUUUCAAUCUAAGACAUGAAAUAUUGUUAAAAAUGUACAAAUUUUGUUCAGGUGUUGUUAUUUUACAAAUCUUGCAGUGUGCAUGUUCAAUAAUGACCUCAAUGAAAGGUAGCUGUAUCAAGAUAUUGAGUAAGCUGGGUAGGCGUUUCUGAUUGUCCCCCUAGUUUGCUUUUGCAAAUUGUACACUUUGAAUGUACUAACACGAUUUGAUGCCGUUGUU